AUGACCCAUCAACCUAUUCUUCCAAACGGUGAUUACCCUUCUUUUGUUCAAGCUGUUGCCGUACCGACGACUCCACUCGGAAAUGGAGUCGGAAAUGGAGCGUUAAUGUAUCCUGGCAAUAGCAUGAUGGUCGAUGAACAGAGCAGUAGCGUUGCCGAUCAAACAAACCAGUCACAACCGCAAAGCGUUGCUGGAAUUGUUCCUACAUUGCAAAACAUCGUCGCCACUGUCAACCUUGAUUGUAAACUUGACCUUAAAACCAUUGCCCUUCAUGCUAGAAAUGCAGAAUAUAAUCCAAAGCGUUUCGCUGCUGUUAUCAUGCGCAUCCGUGAACCCAAGACGACGGCCCUUAUUUUUGCUUCUGGCAAGAUGGUUGUCACUGGUGCCAAAUCUGAAGACGACUCUAAACUUGCCAGCAGAAAAUACGCUCGUAUCAUUCAGAAACUCGGCUUUGCUGCAAAAUUCACCGAUUUCAAGAUUCAAAACAUUGUCGGAUCUUGUGAUGUGAAAUUCCCUAUUCGUUUGGAAGGAUUGGCUUAUUCUCACGGUCACUUCAGUAGUUAUGAACCGGAAUUGUUUCCAGGUCUCAUCUAUCGUAUGGUCAAGCCAAAGAUUGUGUUGUUAAUAUUCGUGUCCGGAAAGAUCGUAUUAACUGGUGCCAAA